AUGGCCGAUGGGGCCUACGCGGCCCGUCUUCUCGCACUGGUGGACGCCGUGCACGGCAACGAGAGAGACCGUGCGACCGCCAGCAAGGAUUCACCCGUCAUAUACACAAUCAUCGGCCACGAUGCAAUCGUCCAAUGCUGUCCUCGCGUCGUUGCUUCCUUCAUCGGCCCGUUUGCCCGGUUGGAAAAUUCGGAAGUGGAGAGUAGCAGCCUUCUUUCCGGGCGGGAGGAGGCCACCUGGGUAGUGGAGGGUUCCGUAGUCUCUCGCUCCCUCUUACAGGAGGGGGUGGCUGUCCGUGGACAUGCCCUGGUUCGGGACAGCCUUUUGAUGGAGCACAGCAGCGUGGAUACGGGGGGGAAAUGCAGCCACGUGGUGCUGGGCCCGGACAGUGGGGUGGCGACGGGCGAAUGCCACCACAGCCUUGUGGGCCCCUGUGUAGGCUUCCACCAUCAAUCCUUGCUCAUCGCCGCCCUCUGGCCCAGAGGACGGGGGAACGUGGCCUACGGUGCCCAGAUUGGCAGCAACCAUACCGGUCGGGCCGCAGACCAGGAGUGUCUGGUGGGAGAAGGGAUCUUUUUUGGCCUGGGAGUCUUGGUCAAACUGCCCGUCAACCUCUCCCAUUCCCCCUAUAGCUUGGUGGCAGCAGGAACCAGCUUGGAUCAGCAGCGCCUGCAUUUCCCUUUUUCUCUCAUCGCCGCCUCGCGGGACGGUGCCUUCCUCCGACAAUGUCUGGAAGAUAGGAUGGGCGACAUGGAGACCAGGGCGGAUGCCCCCCCCAUCCUCCCGAACAUUCUGCGACCCGCCUGGGUGUUGCGAGCGAGUCCUUACACGGUAUUUAGAAAUGAGUCGAAAUACAUGCACAGAAGUAAGUCGCGGAGGCACAAAGCGAUGGUGACAGAGCCCAUUUUCCGACCGGAAAUCAUCGACAUGAUGGUGGAGGCGCGGGCAAGAUUGCAGCAAGCCCUGGGUUCUCGCGGUGGAUGGGAUGGAAAAUCAACGGAAAAACCAUUUUUUAGUAAAAAAGACCUAGAUGGUUCGGGAUCGAAUGUGGUGACCUGGCGAGGGGCGAACGAAGGUGUCGACACGUACACAGUGUGGAUCAAACGAGGAGGCAAGGAAAUUUAA